AUGGUUGGAGUUCACAAGAGCACCGGUGGAAAGGCAAUCGCGAACUCGCCACCGCCGUUUCUGUGUAAGACUUAUGACAUGGUGGACGAUCCGUCGACCGACGCCGUGGUAUCGUGGAGUAAGAGCAACCAGAGUUUCGUGGUUUGGAAUGUGCCGAGGCUCACUAAAGAUAUUUUGCCCAAAUACUUCAAGCACAACAACUUCUCCAGUUUUGUCAGACAGUUGAACACUUAUGGGUUCAGGAAAAUUGACAGUGAUCAGUGGGAAUUUGCUAAUGGGGGAUUUUUGAGAGGUGAUAAGCAUCUGCUAAAGACUAUAAGCAGGAGAAAGCCAUCCCACUCUCAGGUACAUCAACAACCACAGCAAGUUCAGAGAGCUACAGUUGAGCCAUGCAUUGAAGUUGGGAUGCUUGGGCUAGUGGAAGAGGUGGAUGCACUUAAAAGAGAUAAAGAUUUUCUUAUGCAGGAGCUUGUGGAGUCUAGACAGCAUCAGCAGGCAACAGAUCACAUGUUGCAGAGUGUUGGGCAGAGGGUUCAUUUGAUGGAACAACGGCGACUGGAAAUGAUGUCGUUUCUUGCAAAGGCCAUUCAGUGCCCCUUUUUUCUAGCCCAAUUUGUGCAUCAACAAGGUGACAACAACAGGUGCAUUUUAGGGGUAGAUAAGAAACGGAGACGACUUCCAACCCAGGAAGAAGAAAAUUUUGUGUGCAAACCAGUUAAAGAUUGCCAGGUUCCAGCCUCUACUGAAUGAAGCAGGUUCUGCUAGGCUUGAACCAAAAGUUAGUAUUGGAAUUGGAACUUACAUUAAAUCCUAAUUCAGCACCUAUUUCAGAAGUCCAAUAUUUUUCUGAUCUGGUACCCCAGGAGGCUAGAGUGAGGCAGUUUUCAGAGAUGGAUGCACUCACUUCUCCACUGGAUAAAGUUUCACUUGAAUUUUCUCAAACACAAGGAUUCAUGGCAGAGAUCAAUGCCUGGUUUUUUGACUUUUUGUGAUGGCUCCGGCCUGGAUUUUCUGACCCUGAUGAGAGCUCUGAACUGCCUAGGAUUAAUGAUGUUUUCUGGGAUCAGAUUUUUUCACUACAGACACAGGUGAGGAUAACUCCAUAUUGGAAGAAGGAACAUGAUCUACAAGCAGUGGGAGAAGCUGUGCAUCAGAGUCCUAUGUUGUAUGAUUGAAUGUGAUUGUACAUUUGCUUCCCUACUAUCAGAGUUAAAAGUUCAAUAAUCACACAUUCGAAAGGCUGCAGACUUUCUGGUAAAGUAAAUCAAAAAGUUAUAAAGUUCAUUCCGCCACUUUCUAUAUGGGCUUAAUCCUUUCAUUCUUUCAUUUGACUUCAGUAGAGAUGUCAUACCAUGGGUUCAUCUUGCAAGGUAGACCUUGAUAGUAACCGAUGUAUAAA